AUGGUCCGCAUCCAGAUAAUCUCAGACCUGCACCUCGAGACCCCGCCAAAGAGCUACGACAUCGUCGAAAUUGCUCCCCGGGCACCAUAUCUCGCGCUGCUCGGCGACAUUGGCUGUUGCAGCACGAGCCACAAGGCCGAGUACCUCGGCUUCCUGAGGCGCCACCUGCGCGUGUUCCGCGUGGUGUUCUUGGUCCUGGGCAACCAUGAGGCGUACCACUCGACGUGGCAGGAGUCGCGGGACGUCCUGCGCGAGUUCGAGGCCGAGGUUCGCAGGGAAAGGAGGAGGGCAGUCGCUGCCGACGUUGAUGGUGGUGGCGGCGGCGGUGCCGAUGGGAGUCUGGGAGAGUUUGUCCUGCUCGACCGGGACAGCUACACGAUCCACCCCGACCCCGAUAGCAGCAGCAGCAGCAGCAGCAGCAAGAAUCUAGACCACAGUACCGACGACGGAGCAGUGACGAUCCUAGGCUGCACCCUCUUCUCACAUGUCCCCAUCCGCGCCGCACAGCGCGUCAGCAUGGGCCUCAACGACUUCCGCGUGAUCGGCGACGGGUGGGACGUGGCCCAGCACAAUGCCGCGUUCCGGGGGGACCUGGCAUGGCUAAACGAACAAGUUAUGGCUCUCUCCAAUAGCAGCAACAGCAAGACCAAGAUCGUCAUCUUCACGCAUCACUGCCCAACACUCGACGACCGCGCCAUCGACCCUCAACACAGAGGCAGCCCUCUGACGGCAGGCUUCGCGUCGGAUCUAAGCAAGCAGCCGUGCGUGACCACCAACACCACCGCCACCAAUAAAGGAAUCGUCAAGCUGUGGGCUUUCGGACACACGCACUAUAAUUGUGACUUUGUCGACGAUGACGAUGGCGGCGGCGGCGAGGCAAAGUCCGGGAUCAGGUUCUACACGAACCAGCGCGGGUACUACCAUCGGCAGUCUCCGGGUUACCAAGAAGACAAAGUCGUAGAGGUGUAA